UUUUUUUUACACGCACGGAGUUAUCCUGUCACCCCAUCGACUCCCAACUUGUCACCGUUCGUGUGGCUGGCGUUCCCUCGUGGUCGAGAAGUUCUCUCAGGUGUGACGUCUGGCGUAGGCUCGCUGCGCCCAGUCAGGGCCUGAAGGUACGUGUUUUUGCUGCCAGUUGCAUCCUCACACGGCGCAUCAAAUCCGUCUUCUGCUCGAACCGUCCAUUCAUCAUGUCGUAUCCGCCUCCUGCAGGUUUGCCGCCGCGGCCUCCACCACCCGCCGGCUCCCAGUCGUCCUCCUUCAAACCAGCCUAUGCAGCUGCGCCCUCGUACGCUUCCUCGGCCUCCGGAUAUGCUGCCAGUGCCAAACCGUCCGGGGCAGGCCACAGUGCCUUCACCGCGUUCCAGCCACGCUCCGUAGCUUCCAACCAGCCCUACCGCACUAGUAGUCCUGUCGUUUCCGCUCCGCCCGCAUCAGCACCAGCAGCAAGCUAUCCGGCCGCUACGACGGGCUACAGCGCGGGCGCCUAUCAAUAUCCACAACAAUCCUACCAGGCCGGUCCUUCGUACUACGGCCAACCACAGUAUGGAGACACCACCUACGGCGCCACGGUGCCCCGAAUUCAGAACCCUUUCCCGCUCCCGGGGCAAGACAAGGGCGGAAUGAAUUACGGACGCCAUGAUUCCGGCGUGGACCCGGACACAGAAGCACAGAUCGCACAGUGGCAGAGUGCGUACAUGGGCAGGGAAGCUGAUCCUACCCCUGGUAAUAAGGGGCCAGGUCGUCGGGACGGUCCUGCCGCUGCGACAGGCGCAAAUACGGGCACCCUAGGUGCGUCGCGCUUUGAUUCAUCUACCCCGUUGGCCGGUCCGACAGCUUCCAACACGCCCGUUCCCGGUCCGGGGCGUCAGGAGCCUGUUCAGAAGACUGUUAUUCGUUCGGGCGGUGGUCAGACCUGGACGGACCCGACCCUGGUGGAAUGGGAUCCAGCGCACUUCCGACUCUUCGUUGGUAACCUUGCGGGCGAGGUGACAGACGACUCGUUGCUCAAAGCGUUCUCCAGGUAUCCGUCCGUGCAGAAAGCGCGCGUCAUUCGCGACAAGCGCACCGAGAAGAGCAAGGGAUACGGGUUUGUCAGUUUCAGUGACGGUGACGAUUACCUGAAAGCGGCGCGAGAGAUGCAGGGCAAGUAUAUCGGUUCCCAUCCGGUGUUGCUGCGUCGCGCGACAACGGAGGUGCGGCCUGUGGCGAACGCCAAGCUCGGAAAGAAGGGCGGAGCACGUGGCCACGGCGGAAACCAGAGCGGGUCCGCCGGCAGUACCAAGGUCAAGCACGACGGAGUGAAGAAGCAGAGCAAGACCAAGGGUGGUCUUAAGAUCUUGGGAUGAAUUAUGCCAUGCUAGUCUUUCUGUAUCAUGCCAAUCAUUUUUUAUUUUCUUCUUCCCUCUCUUGGGUUGGCCUGUGCGUUGCUGUAUUCGGUAUGAGCGGAUUCUGAGACAUGGCGUUUUUGUCGUAUUAUAGAAUACACUAUUAUGUCUAAAUGCCAUCUAAUAUUCUGAUGUCUCUAUA